AUGGGUCCUGUAUGGCUUCUUCUUCUGCUCCCACUCCUCCUCAGAGCGCAGUUGACUCCAAACCUCACAUCAGGAGUCACGGUUGAGGCAGACAACAGGACAGACUCUUUAACAAACAACACAGGAACCUCAGACAACUCCACCAGCCCCUCCAUGACGCCAUCACAAGCUCCCACAGUGCAGGAAGAUGACUGGUCACCAGCAGAAACCUUCAUGUACACUGGAGACCCAACCACUCUGAAAAUGGCCCGCUGUUCACGGGCGUACAGCCCACCAGGGCAGACCGGCUCCCUGCCCUUCAGCUUCAGUGACUCCCUACGGCCAGCUCUGGGCGCAUUGGCCAACACGGCCAACUUCCUGAACAUGAUCUUCCAGGCCAGUGACCUGCGGGAGAGCACAGUGCAGGAGGAUAUGGAGUGGUACCAUGCCCUGGUGCGUGCCCUUCUGGAGGCCGACGUGCUCAUCCAGCGGGCCCUGUUCACCUUUGACGCUGACCCGGCUUCCCCGGUGCCACAGCUGGUUCUCAGUGCCUCACGAAACAUGACGGCCAAGGUACAGACCAUCAUCCUCCAGGACUUAUCCAAGGCCUGGGAGAGCCUACACCCGCCCGCCCCAGCCCCCGAUGACAGCUGGUUCAGAAGCUUUAAAUUCUCGGAGUCCACCCAGCUGACAUCAGCACUGUCCAAGCGGAUCCUCCUGAAUGACCUCAGCACCCUGGACACGCCAAAGUGGAGGUUUGGCGACAGCUAUGUGACCAAUCAUAGUGGGGUGCGCUGGGCCAGCGCCCCCUUCCUCGACUGUAAGGACGGAUGCUUUGUGCCUGGUUGGAUGCUCACCCUGUCCACGUCCUUCUACGGCCUCAAGCCUGACCUGACACCAGAGUUCAGAGGUGUGAUCCGUGUGGAUGUCAACAUCCAAGACAUCGACUUGGACCAGUGUGCAACAGGAGACGGCUGGUUUGCUGAUACUCACCAGUGUAACCGCACCACCAUGGAGUGCGUACCAAUUCCAGGCCGGGGUUUUCGACUGGGUCAGUACUGCUGCCGCUGCAAAGAAGGUUACUACAACCCUGAGAUAGCAAGUCAAGUCUCAGAUGCAGAUGGUCGCCCUGUGAACGGGACUGACGGUGGCGGCAUGUGUUACCCGAACAUGCCCAUCUGUCUCCCGUGCUGGACGGGCUGCAAGAGCUGUCAGGAUGGCACUCCCUGCUGGGUGCAGGAGGCCUGGCUUCUCAGGGGUGCCGUGCUGGCGGUCCAGGGCAUCUUCAUGCUCCUCAUCUUCGUCAGCAUGAUGGUGGCCUACAGGCAUCGUCGAAACCGGAGGAUCCGGGCAUCCGGCCUCCUCCUGCUGGAGACUAUCUUGUUCGGCUCUCUGCUCCUCUACUUCCCGGUCUUCAUCAUGUACUUCAAGCCGAGUACGUUCAGGUGUAUUCUGCUGCGCUGGGUUCGAAUGCUCGGCUUCUCCAUCGUCUACGGCACAGUCACACUGAAAAUGUACAGGGUGCUGAAGGUGUUCCUCUCACGCACGGCCCAGAGAGUGCCCUACAUGUCCAGCCUCCACCUGCUGAGGAUUCUGGGAGUGAUGCUGAUGACAGUCAGCUGGUUCCUGUGUGCGUGGACUGUGGGUGUCCUCCAAAACCGCGACAGGAACAUCCCAGUGUUCAUCACAAUGACCACAUCAGACGGGCAGGGGUUCAACCUGUGUUACCUGGACCGCUGGGACUACAUGAUGGCUGUGGCUGAGCUCCUGUUCCUGUGCUGGGGCAGCUCCCUGUGGACCGCCGUCAGGCCGGUCCCCUCAGCCUUCCAUGAACCUCGCUACAUGGGCAUUGCCAUCCACAACGAGCUGCUUCUCUCCACCAUGUUUCACCUGUUCCGGUUCACUUUUCCCUCUCUCCAUCCUGAUUGGAUGUUGCUGCUCUCCUUCACACACACCCAUGUGACCAUCACUGUGACACUCGCCCUGCUCUUUAUACCCAAGUUCCUUUAUGUGUCCAAGCCUGUGAGAGAGGAGAUUGCAGCAGAGGUGUAUGAAGAUGAAGUGGACCUUCGGCGCUCCGGCUCAUACCUCAACAGCAGUUUUCACUCUGCUUGGAGUGAGCACAGUGUGGACCCGGAUGACUUUCGGGAUGAACUGAAGAAGUUAUAUGCCCAGUUAGAAGUCCACAAGACCAAGAAGAUGACUGCAAACAACCCUCAUCUGUCAAAGAAACGAAGUUCUCGAUGUGCACUGGGGAGAUCCAUUAUUAGACGCAUUGCUGAGAUCCCAGAAACCAUGAGCCGGCAGUGCAGCCGCGAGGAGAAAGAUGGAUCCUUCCACAGUAGAAGCGUGAAUCUGUCUGAGUCUUUCAGGAGGGCCCCAGAUACAGUAUCUGUCAGUAUCAGUUACAGGAGUUCAGUGAGAACACCAUCUCCAUCCAUGCGCAAGUCUCAAAGCGAUCAUCACUAUGUCAGGGAAAGAGACUCUUCUUUACGUGACUCCAUGUUAAAGGCCAACGCUGUGAAGAGAUCAUCCCGGCGAUCUGAGACUGAUUCUUUGGAUAUUCCACCAGGGGUUUGUAAGUCAGCCAGUGCCCAAAAUCUGACAAUCGAUACCAAUCUCCUGCAUCCUGAUCAUACCAAGCUCCAUAAGUCCUGGAGUCUAACCUCAACUACCGCCCAUUCUAUGGAGAACAUAGCUAAGGUUAACAGAGCCAGCACAGUGCUGACAAGGUCCAGGCAGAGCAUAUCCAUUAGUGAUCAGACCAGGAGUGCUCUCAAGUCAGAGUCAUUUGACAAGGCUGAGGUCUGUCCUUGGGAUGUGGAGCAAGAACAAUCAGGGGACAAGAACCAGAAGCAUGUCACCUACGCAAAUUCUGAGAAUUGUGAGCAAAAAAGGGCAAUAUCUCCCGAGGCACUUAUCUGUCCCUGGGACCAUUUACCACCUGUAGACAAGAAUCCUUCAGAGGACAAGGGAACAAAAGGUGAAACUGAGUCCCCAAAACCACAGCUCACUGUGUCUGCAAGUGCACCAGGCACUCCAAGACCAAAGGUCACAAAAGAUCAACGCAUCUUUUCCUUCCGCACCACUACCACUAAGUGGCUCUCUGUGAAAUCCAUUAUGGGAUCCAUGGAUGCAGGAAGCAAGGAGGGAAGUUUACAUAAAGAGGAUUCUGUCUCACAAAAAAGUCAGGAAAGUGCUUCCACAACACCAAGAUCAGGGACAUCUAGCAGACGUCCAAGCAUAGAAAAGAGGUCACUGCAGAAAAGAAGUAUGACAACGGAUGGAAAACCAUGCCUUGUGAAGCAGAAUGCCAUCAGACUGUCCUCUGGGGAUUCUACAGACAGAAGCCCAAGAAGGCUUGUUAUUGUCAAAUCUGCAGUCUACCCUUGGGACAUGGAGGAUAUGCAAAAAGAUGGCACCUAUGAAAAUGUGUUCUUAUCAAGGCAGAAUAGCAAACGUAGUAGUAUAAGUUCUUGGGAAACUGCCAGCAGCUGUAGAACUCCUUCGACCCGCAGAAGAGGUAGUUAUCGAAGAACACCAACCCGUAAUGUUUCCUAUGCAGAUGUGUGUCCAUGGGAUGGAACUGGUACUUCUGGUACUUUCCAGGAAGAAGAGGGAUCAAAGAAGCAGCAGAGCAUUAAAGCAGACGUCUGCCCUUGGGAAUCGCAGACUGAAGGAAAAGACGGCACAAGAGUAAACAUAUGUCCCUGGGAAACUGAGCCCCCUGAAAAAUCCGCAGCUACCAAGAUGGGUUCACAAGGACUGGAAAGACUGGCAGAUGUUUGUCCAUGGGAUAGUAGUGAACCAGAAUCAGGAAAAUCAGAGAUCCCCAAAACAUCAGAGAGUCAUAUAAGGCAAGACACAGCUCGUGCAGAUGUUUGUCCAUGGGAGACAGAAGCACCAAAGGUUCUGAAAAAGCAAGAUAGUGCUCUGGCAGAUGUUUGUCCAUGGGAGACAGAAGAACCCAAAGUUCUCAAAAAACAAGAUAGCGCUCUGGCAGAUGUUUGUCCAUGGGAGACAGAAGAACCAGGAGUUGUCAAAAAGCAAGACAGCACUGGAGCAGACAUUUGUCCAUGGGACUCUAAGGAUCCACAAACUUCAACCCAAAGCCAAGCUGAUAUUCCCAACACUGACAAAGAUGAAGUCAUAGAGAACCAGGAGCCACUUAAUGUAGAAGAUACUCCAGCAGAUAUCUGCACAGAGCAGAUGGAGUCCAAAGAAAACCUAGCCCUGGGCCGCCGUGAUGCUUUGUGUCCCUGGGAGAUGGUAAGGAGCAGAUCUGGCUCAUUCACAGACAAUGCCUCUGACAUUUUUACAUGGGAGCCUGAGAAUAUUCCUGAGGAAGAUGAAGAGGACGAUGCAGAAUGUGCUGCUGAGGCUCUUGUAUUCCCACCUGACUUGUGA